AAGUCAAAAGUACCCCUGACAAACUUCUCAGAAACUGAUAGGCAACGGCAGAUCAAAAGAGGCAGAAGCUAACCAGCUAUUAUCUACACGUUCCUUUUCUGUCAUCCGGAAGGAGCCAGGCCAUCUCUUCUCUCUCUUUCCAGGAAGAUACUCUUCCAACUUUCCUCUCUUUCUUAUAUAUAUAUACAUGCACAUUUUCAUGCUCAAGAAUUGCGAUACAAUUUGAUUUCUCUCUUAUACAUUUUAAAUUCAAAGAAAUCGAAGAACAAGAAUUAUUAUGGAGGGGAUAAGCAAGAAGGCCGGUUUUGAGGAUCUGUUGCCUGUAAUGGCAGAUCAGUUAGGCGGUGAAGGUCUGAUAAGGGAGCUUUGUAAAGGGUUCGAGGCAUUGAUGGAUAAAGAAAAGGAGGUCAUCACGAUAGAGAGUUUGAAGAAGAACUCUGCUCUUCUGGGGUUGCAAGGACUGAGAGAUGAUGAGCUUGUCAGCAUGGUUGAAGAAGGUGAUCUUGAUGGUGAUGGUGCCUUAAACGAAAUGGAGUUUUGCGUCUUGAUGUUCAGAUUAAGCCCUCAGUUAAUGGAAGAGUCACAGUUUUGGCUUGAAGAAGCAUUAGAGGAGGAGCUGAAGAAAGCCGGGUUUUGAAAGAAUCUAAUUUACGUUUUCUACAGCAGGGCAGGGCAGAGCAAUGUUUUGCAGUGACAAAUUAACAGCACAUACAGGGAAAUAACACCUUACUAAAUCGGAUAUUUUUAUUCUUCUUGGGCGGUGAUGAAUACCGGCCGAAACCUGUUUACUGAAGCUUAAAAUAAUAGAAUCAUCUUAUUUAUGUAUUUA